AUGAACUCCAGCCAGCCGUCACACUUCACACUCGGUGGUUACUUUGACGUCGGCCUGUUGAAAUACUUGUGUUUCGUCUUGCUGCUGUGUCUGUACCUGCUGAUCAUCGGAGCCAACCUGCUGCUGAUCCUGGUGAUCUGUGUGAACAGAACCCUUCAUGAGCCCAUGUACCUGUUCCUGCUCAGCCUGUUUGUCAACGAGCUGUACGGCAGCAGCAGCCUGUUCCCGCUGCUCCUGGUCCAGGUCCUGUCGGACUCUCACACCGUGUCGGCUCCGCUCUGCCUCCUGCAGAUCUUCGUCAUCUACUCUUAUGGAGGCGUUGAGUUUUUCACUCUGGGUAUCAUGUCUUAUGACCGCUAUUUGGCGAUCUGCUGUCCUCUGCAAUAUCACCGCCGGCUGUGGAGUGGGAAGGCGGUUCGGUUGGCGGCACUCUGCUGGUUCAUCUUCUUCAUUACCGUCAGUGUUCUGGUGGCCUUCCUCUCCUCCCUGCAGCUGUGCGGCAGCGUCGUCUCUAAAGUGUACUGCGACUAUCACUCAGUGGUCAAGCUGUCCUGUCAGGACUCGCUGCCCGGGAACAUGUAUGGCCUGCUCUUCUUCUCCGUCUCUGUGUCCUGUCCUCUGUGUCUCAUCAUCUUCACCUACAGCAGGAUCUUCAGAGUGUGUUUUUCAGGCAGUGAGCAGAGCCGACAGAAAGCCGUGGCCACCUGCACGCCUCACCUGGCCUCGCUCCUCAACUUCACCUGCGGCGCCACGUUCGAGGUCCUGCAGAGCAGAUUCAAUAUGAACAGCUUACCCAGCACGCUCCGCAUCUUCCUCUCGCUGUACUUCCUGACCUGUCCUCCCAUCUUCAACCCUGUGAUGUACGGCCUGAAGCUGUCCAAGAUCCGCCUGAGCUGCAGGAACCUCCUGUCACAUCCCAGCUGGAGGGGGUCGGCCUGA